GAGCUCAGUCUCCACCAUCAUCACGACCAGCUUCAGUCUCAGCAGCAGAGCAGACUAGACUAGACUCCUGUCUGGAUGGAUGGAUGGAGGGUUGAACCGUCCAUUUGAUUAGUACCAGUACCUCGUGAAGAGACGUAAUUUGCAUUUAACGAACACACGAGGUUAUGACUCGAUGUUAUAAUAGACAGCAUUAUGUUGCAGUCAGUGUGAUUUUGCUAUGGUGAUACUACCAGCUAGCCCAUGCUAGCAGAGGGAUUGUUUUGGGGAGAUACCUUUUUUGACACAUGAAUUAGACGCUUUUUUUUUUUGUUGUUGCUGGAACACAAAGGGGGAUGUCUAGCCAAGGAGUUAGGAGAAACGGCCCAGUGAAGCUGCGGUUGACAGUCCUGUGUGCAAAGAACCUGGCAAAGAAAGACUUCUUCCGGUUGCCAGAUCCUUUUGCCAAAGUGGUGGUGGACGGCUCAGGACAAUGCCACUCUACCGAUACUGUGAGAAAUACGCUGGACCCAAAGUGGAAUCAACAUUAUGAUCUAUACAUCGGAAAGGCAGACUCAAUCACCAUCAGUGUAUGGAACCACAAGAAGAUCCACAAAAAGCAGGGCGCAGGUUUCCUCGGCUGUGUCCGCCUCCUGUCCAACGCCAUCAACAGACUCAAAGACACUGGCUAUCAGAGACUGGACCUGAAUAAGCUGGGCCCCAAUGACAAUGAUACUGUGAGAGGACAAAUAGUCGUAAGUCUUCAGUCCAGAGAUCGCAUCGGGACAGGAGGACCAGUGGUGGACUGCAGUCGCUUGUUCGACAAUGACUUACCCGAUGGCUGGGAAGAGAGGAGGACAGCUUCUGGAAGGAUACAGUACCUGAACCACAUCACACGUACCACGCAGUGGGAGAGACCUACCAGGCCAGCGUCGGAGUACUCCAGCCCGUCGGGGCGUCCGCUGAGCUGUGUGGUGGACGAGAACACGCCUGUGAUGACGCCUGUUAAUGGGGCCGAGGCCAGCUGCCCACCGGGCGAAGUGCGGAUCCAGGAGAGACGUGUUCGAUCGCAGCGGCAUCGUAACUACAUGAGUCGAACGCACCUGCAUACGCCGCCUGACCUUCCUGAGGGUUAUGAGCAAAGAACAACUCAGCAGGGUCAAGUCUACUUCCUCCACACACAGACUGGAGUUAGCACCUGGCAUGACCCCCGAGUGCCCAGGGACCUCAGCAAUGUGAACUGUGAGGAGCUGGGCCCGCUGCCACCAGGCUGGGAGAUCAGAAACACAGCCACAGGACGCGUCUACUUUGUCGACCACAACAAUCGAACAACACAGUUCACAGACCCGCGACUAUCCGCUAACCUGCAUCGAGUACUCAACCCACCAAGUCCAAGUCCAAAUGGUUCCCGUGUGGCCAUGGACAGCCAAAACACUAACCUCAGUCAUCCGCCUCCGUCGAAGGACCAGGGAGGUCCCAUGGUCCCUCAACAAGUUCUCUCCCCAGCCCAGCUGCCUGAAGAGGCCGAGUGCCUGACGGUGCCCAAAUACAAGAGAGACCUGGUGCAGAAGCUGAAGAUCCUGCGACAGGAACUUUCUCAGCAACAACCCCAGGCCGGCCACUGCCGCAUCGAGGUCUGCCGAGAGGAGAUAUUUGAGGAGUCGUACCGGCAGGUGAUGAAGAUGCGUCCAAAGGAUCUCUGGAAAAGACUGAUGAUCAAGUUUAGAGGAGAAGAGGGACUGGACUAUGGCGGAGUAGCAAGGGAAUGGUUAUACCUGCUGUCCCACGAGAUGCUGAACCCCUACUACGGCCUGUUCCAGUACUCCAGAGACGACAUCUACACUCUACAGAUUAACCCGGACUCUGCUGUCAACCCGGAGCACCUGUCGUAUUUCCACUUCGUGGGUCGCAUCAUGGGCAUGGCGGUGUUCCACGGCCACUACAUCGACGGAGGCUUCACUCUGCCCUUCUACAAACAGCUGCUGGGGAAACCGAUCACGCUGGACGACAUGGAGUCUGUCGACCCCGACCUCCACAACAGCCUCGUCUGGAUCCUGGACAAUGACAUCACUGGCGUCUUGGACCACACUUUCUGUGUAGAGCACAACGCCUACGGAGAAAUCAUCCAACAUGAGCUCAAACCCAACGGAAAAAGUGUCCCCGUCUCGGAGGACACCAAGAAGGAGUAUGUCCGGUUGUAUGUGAACUGGCGUUUCCUGCAUGGCAUCGAGGCUCAGUUUCUGGCUCUGCAGAAAGGCUUCAAUGAGGUUAUUCCUCAACACCUGCUCAAAUCCUUUGAUGAGAAAGAACUGGAGCUGAUAGUGUGCGGCCUGGGAAAGAUCGACAUCGCUGACUGGAAGUCCAACACCCGUCUGAAGCACUGCACCCCCGACAGCAACAUCGUCAAGUGGUUUUGGAAAGCCGUGGAGACGUUUGACGAGGAGAGGAGGGCCCGGCUACUGCAGUUUGUUACUGGCUCAUCCAGAGUCCCGCUGCAGGGCUUCAAGGCUUUACAGGGUGCUGCAGGGCCCAGACUCUUCACCAUUCAUCAGAUCGAUGCUAACGCCAACAACCUGCCCAAAGCCCAUACCUGCUUCAACCGGAUCGACAUUCCGCCCUACGAGAGCUACGAAAAGCUAUACGACAAGCUGCUGACUGCGAUCGAGGAGACCUGUGGCUUCGCAGUGGAAUGAGAGACUCGUUGGAGAGUGUGUUUGUGUUUGUGUGUGUGUGAACAUACGUGACUGUGUGCAGGACUCUGAUGGACUAUUAUCGUUACUGCGACGCACCGACAGACUCGCUCGGAGCCAGAUGAGCGCGUCUUCGACCAGCCUGCAGUCUUCCUCUUCUCUCACCGCUCUCCACAUUCUUCCCUGCUGCUAGAGAGUCAUCCCCCUGUCAUUUAAUUUGUAUUCAUUUAUUUGUUUGGGUUUUGUUUUGGUGUAGUUUGUGUGAAAUACAGAGAGAGCAAGUUAAGAGCUGUUAACUUAAGAGCUGCUGCGUUUCUUUUCAACAGCUGUUGUUGAGUUGUUGUGAGUGAGCAGUUUGUUUUUUACGGCUUCUUUUGCAUUCAGAAAAAAAGACUGCCUGGUCGUCUCACUUUAAAUUGAAUCAAAUCAGGAAGCAGUUUAUCAACUUGCAUUUUAACAUCUUACAAAAGUGUUUUCAAAAUUCUCCCUAAGCAUUCGAGAGCAGUGAGUCACUAUUUUGUUUUGCGAUUCAAACUGAUUGAAUUGAUCCAUGUCAUGCUACUGAAUCUUUAACACUGCAGGUAGCCAUAUCUUGCCCUUUUAGUAGCCAUCUUAACCUCAACCAGUACACCUUCCAAUCCUCAUGGCUGCAGAGUUGGUGUGCUAUAUUUCGUAGGAGCGCCACAAAUUCAUCCUACCUCGGUGUAAUGCUUUCCAUAUUUGAAGGGUUUCAUUCCAAAAUGCGAUGCAUUGAUCGCAAUUUGAUUCAAAUUCAGAAUAGAAAAGCUUUCAUUUUUACAACAACGCUCAGCAAUUAGUCUGAUUUUCUUACCAGUAGUCAUUUUGCAGCUGUAAAACCAUAGGAUUUAAAUUGUGAAUAUAUCAUUUUGAAACGGAACUCGUGCAGACUGACUUGGAUGUGGGUCUGAUGUUCUGUGGUGUUUUUGAGUCGAGCUCGUGGUGGGUUUAGAGAUGAGAGACAGACUCUGGUGAAGAAGAAGAAGGAGGUGUGAAUCUUAUUUUUUUCCCUUAAUCACUGCAGUGUGGCCACAGCUCUUCUAGUCGUGUGUUUCUGCAUGUGUAUACAGGAAGGUAGACAGUUCAUAGAUGAGCUCCCCAUCAUCUCUACUAGCACAGUAUCCUGUAUUUAAAGCUGCAGAGCUGAUUGAACCUCACUCUUUGAGUCUGGUUCGUCUUCCUUUUCUCUCACAUUUAUUUCCAGCAGUUACAAGUAUGCAUGUUUUUUUUUUUUUUCUUAAUUAUUUUUAUUUGAUCCAACCCGGAAUAACCCAGCACACUUCCUGUCUGAUCAUAUUGUGAAAAGGGCACAACUGUCCACGGGACCAGGCUUGAUAAGAAGCUAUUCAAGGCAGGCGUCUAUUUUCAGUCACAUCCUCAGUUUAUAAAGGCAGAAGUAUUUCUUUCUCUCUCUCUUGUCACUUUUGAGCACUUUACAAACUGAGCAGUGAUGGCAGGAGUGCUUUCUUCACGUUAGAUUAAAAUAUAUCAUGUUUCAUUUGCUAUGCGACUUCAUUAGAAAUAUACAGACAAAAAAAAAUAUCUAUACACCUGUAAUUUUGGAGUAUAUAUAUGUACAAAUACAUAGCUAUUUUGUAUAUGGUUGCUUGUUCUUUCUGUUCAAUUUAAAUGCAAGCAUGUUGGCGUCUGUCACAGACCUCUGCAUUCUCAGGUGAAGUUGUCCUUAGUUUUUUGUUUUUAUUUUACAUUCAGGCUAGUGUGUGAGGAGGGGUAAAACUGGUAGCAAUGGAAACUAUAUUUCAGAGGCCCUGUCUUUAAACCCACAAUUGAGUGUAAAAGUUGGCAGUUUAAAGUGAGGUUUUCUUUUGGUUAAUCACUUUCACUUAUUAACACACACAUACCCUCAUAGGAGGGCGUGAAUGGCCAUAUUUGCUGCUCUGGAGGUCUGUGACACCGCUGAGUACCAAACGGCACAGACGACAAUAUCAUUUCAUAUGCACAUGUCUGUUUGCAACAUGAAUUUUUUAAAAGCGAUGGCAAUGGACUGAACGCUGAUGGUGGCCUCAAACCUUCAGAGCUGCAAAUGUUGGAGGUUGAGUGCUUCUGAACUCCUGGGUGCUACACGGUGAAAAUGUUCAACCAUAAUGAAAAGUCACUAAAAAUCAGAGAGGCAGCAGUGAGGAGCAUCACCAUCACCGCAGCCUCCAUCCAAAGAAAACCCCUCUGCAUGAAUGGACGCUCAAGAGAUAAAAGCCUAUUUAUUUGCAUAAUUAUUACUCUUGGAAAAAUCUGUUAAAUGUUCUUUUUUUUAUAUAUAUAUAUGUAUACUGCCUGCAUUUAUUUGUAACCAUGAACAGUUUGUUAGCUAAUACUCAGAAACGUUUUCAUUUUGUGGUCAUCAUGAGACAAAGCGGAGAAACACAACAUGAAAUUGUCGUCUUUGUACAGUUACAGCACAGAAUUUAUUUGAUUUUACCUUUUAAUAACCUGACUCAGAGGCAGAAAAGAAAUGCAUUACACGUUUUUUUUUUUGCACACAUUAUGCAUACUUGGGCUCCAAGUUAUAAUCAGACACUUCCUUCUAUUUACCAAAUAGUUAAUGGACUGAUCAAGUUUUUUUUUAAUGUAGAUAACACAUAUAUAUAUACACACACACACUUGUUCUUGAUAUGCACACAUGUAUGUUUGUCCAGUGCACACAGUCGACUUCUGCUCUUUGUUACUUUGUUGUUGGCACCAAGUUUUCUGGCUGGUUCAGUCUUCAGUGCAAAAAAAAAGUUAAAUUGUUAACUUUUUCAAGCUUUGAACGCCUGUGAUAUAAAAACAUUUUUGUCUAGUCUGAUUGAUCUGAUGAAUCUGAACAGACUGAGAGCCGUUUCUGGUCCAAAUGAUGUACUUUAAUGCUGGUUUAAUUGGUUACAAAUCAGAACAAGCUGUGUAAUGUUUGGCUAACUCUCUCCCCACAAGUACAAAUUUACAGGAUUAUGUGCAAAUAUGUGUGUCAAUGACUUUUGAUUGAAUUCAGUACAAAACAGAAAAAAAAACUUUUUUUUUAAACUGCACCAUGUUUUAUUUCUUUUGUUUUCCUAUCUGUUUUUGUAUUUAUUAUUACAGUAUACUGUAUGUGUUCAUAGUUUUUCACAUCAGCUGCUCUGUGAGCUUGUAACUGACACCUGUACAUAAGGACAAUAAAGAAGCAAAGUAAUAAACUUCUUGUACCCUUACAGAAAGCUGAGCAAUAAAACUAUGCUGUUUGGACCUCACAGCAUUAUGUUUUAUAGAA